AUGGCUACUGAAGCCACCCUCGCCCCCGUCGAUGCUUCCUCCGAACCCAAGCUCACCAACGACAGCGGCGCCCACGAUGGUCCAAACCGCGCAAAACUGAAUGGCAGCCCCGCAGCCUUCGAUGACCUCGAGAACAAGCACAUCACCGGUGUCGAAGAGGCCAUCUCAGCAGAUGUCAGCGUGAGUGGGGGCUCAGAUACGGAAGCAUCGAGGGCUCGAGAUGGAGAAAAGGGCCACGGAAGGACGUCAUCAGCCGUCAAGAAACCCGCGACCUUUAAGGCUGUGUCUGUCAACAAGACCUUUCUUGCCGCGAAAGGCGCCGCUGCCGCCGCCGCCGGUAGUACCGCUUCGAAACCCGCCGACAAGAGCUCCGCAAGUCUGUUGAGCUCUUCCCCCUCUGGCACCUCUACCCUUUCGUCGCGACCCCGACUUAUUGCAAAGUCGGGCAGCGGCACUGGCAACGUUCCGCGACUUUCGGCAGCCAACGGUACCAACGCAUCCGGCCCGGACCCCAGCGCAGUAUGGAACAAAAAUCGACCUGCUCCGCCUCCGGAGCCCAAGAAAUUCACAGAUGAGGAACUUAAGAAGUAUGGCAUCCACAUGGCGAAUCGAUUGGCCCCGGAAAGCGCACAGGCGCAAGGUAAUUGGGCGGACAUUGAGGACGAUGAUGACGACUGGGCGCCCGAGACCAUCACCUGGACCGACGGUACCAAGACAACAUUGCCGCACCCUGAUGAGACUCCCGCUCCGCCUCCUGAACCGACUCCGGCGCCCGCGCCAGCUCCUCCAAAAGAGAAACCGAUCGAGAAACCGAAGUCGCCCGCGCCUCCACGCAACGCCCCGUCCCCGUCCAUGAAACCCGGUGUUCUUGCCUCUGGAAAGGGUCUGAUUCUCAAGGGCGGUUCAGCCGACAAACCAACGCUUGUCGCAAAGCCACCUGCUCCCCCAACACCCGUCAAGUCGCCAUGGGCGCCUCUUCCACCCGUUGAAAAAGCGCCUCCCAUCGUCGCGGAGCCCCCGCCUCAAGCAGGACACAGAUUCGCCCCCAGAGAUCAGCCAGGCCGCAACAACACGCCGCCGCCGUAUGCGAGAGAAAUCGCCGCCGACGACUUCAAUCGGUCUGCGUGGAGAGAAGGGCCUGGUGGCGGAAACCGGGAGCUUUUCAACUCCCAGUCUGGUCGUUAUGAACCAGUCAAUGACCGAAGGGGAUCGUUCCGGUCUGAUGCCAGACAGCCUCCCGUUCUGCAACGCCCCUCCCACUCUGAUCAUCCUGAGCCUUCUGCGGCUUUCCAAACUAGCAGGACAACGAUGCCCGAUGGCCCCUUUGGUCGACGCCGCGGAUCGUCGAACGUCAGUGGCGGAAGCGGUUCCUACAUGCAGAGACCUGGCAAGCACGAAAUGCCUCUGCCUCCUCAAGAUCUGCUCAAUGCGCGCAGAGGUUCUAUUACAGGCUCGAUCGAUAGCCCCGUCUCGCCGCGGAACUUCUCCCCCUCAGGCCUUCAGCAUGGCCCCCGGAUGCACUCGAACCAGCAGUGGCAGCCCCGCGCUUCCCCGGGUACCAACUACGCCAGUCUUCACUCAGCUGGACCACCCGAGGGACGUCCGGUUCAGCCGCCACCAAUGGCUCGUCUCGAAGAGGAUCUGGAAUUGCAAAAGAAGAUUAUGCGCGAGAAGCGUGAGCUGGCCAUGCAACGAAGACGUGAAGAGGAGGCACGUGAGGAGGCUGCGAGGAAGGAGCGCAUCAAGGCCAAGCUGGAUGCCAUGGGACCGCCACCGGAACGCAAGAGUGCCAAGAAGGACUCUCCAGAGAGCGCAAGUGCCACCAUUCAGCCCCCGGCUCAGCAAGGCGACGGCUCCGCUGGUCCAGACACCGUAUCGCAGUCUAGAGAGUCUGCGGCAAGCUCUGGCCCGUCGACCGUACCUACAACCGUGACGAGCGCCAGCGAAAGACCUACGACUGGCGACCCCGAACAUCGAAGACCUGGACAUGACGCAAGACAGCCGAAUCUGUGGGACGCGCAAACUCCAAAGCAACCCGACCGCCUGCCGACCUGGGGGUCUGCUGGGCAGCAGGCGAAGAACGUAUGGGGAUCUCCUAACAAUGAUCGUGGUCUAGGAAAUGGCACAUUCAACACUGACAUUGGACGCCUUCCUGAGUCACAAGCUGGCCAGCUGCCUCCGACCCAAGCUAGGCAAGGCCCCGCCCCCAUUGCGCCGCCCAGCGCACAGCGCGCCCAGAACCAGCCUCCUCCGACAACUCAGCCUCGCCCGGCUCCCGGACCCAAUCGUGACUUGAACGAGAUGCGGAACAGAUGGGCCAACUCGGUGUUGGAUGGCGAUAAAUCACUUCUUGACGAGCGGAGAACUCAGCGUCUGGAGCGUGACCGUCAGCUCAACGAGCGAGGUCUCACUAUUGAACAGGCCCAACCCGCAAUCAAGGAUACUUGGAGACCUUCCGGAGAGGGCAGGCGUGAGCCCUCUCAUGUGGUUCAUCACGAUGUUGCAGCCGGUUCGAUUCUGCCUCCCACUGGACCAGCCGCAUCUCAGGCACGGCCAUCCCGGUUCUUUCCCCCCAAGGAUAGCAGAAAUGACGUUUCAAACCAUCCUGCUGAGCGAUCCAGACCUAACUCGCCCUCGCCCCCGCCGCCGGAGGUGUACGGUCAUCCUGCUUUCGAUGGCGACGCUUCGCAUCCCCAUGUCUCCCUUCCCCGCCCAAGAUACGUAGUAAAGCUGCCGCCUUCGGCAGUCGCGGAACCUACUGCAGCCAGGUCCAGCGGAUCAUUUGCUUGGGCGAGCCCUGCCGGCUACAAGGAACCCAAUGUUUACACGCGCGGUGCCUACCAGCAGAACAAUGCCUCGCGACAGCAAGAGCACGAAAACUGGCAGGAUCGAAUCAAUAACCUUCUUACCGGCCGCAAGCCGAACUCACCGCCCAGAGCCCCCGGUGUCGAGCCUGUUAGUAAGAGCGCUCUCGAGUAUACAGGGUAUUACAACCCCGCAGCAACCGUGUCGCUGCCGCGCUCAGUUAUUCAAAACCUUACAGACGACAUCAAGUCUUUCACAACGAAGCCGAUGGCGGAGGAAUGCUUUGAGGAGCAGGAAAUGGGAUCUCUGCCUCAAAUCAAGCUCCCGCAUAAGACGCCCGAUGCCGCGUGGCACCCUGCCUCUGCUCCGGCCAAGCCCUUGCCUAGGCGCUUCUGGGUGUCGGAUGCUGAACCGACGAUCCGAGCUCUGUGGUUCCCCCACGACAUGUCAUCUGUUGGCAGCGUCUAUCGCGUUCAGCUCCCCGGCAUGAGCGAAGCAAAGACGAUUCCUUUGCCCUUCUCCCGAUCAGCCAGCAACACACGACGCUCGGGUGGACGAGGCGGUCAAAGAGGAUCCGGACCCAGCCGAGGCGGCAAGGGCCGCGAGUCCUCGUACUCUGAGGCAAGCACCUCGACGCCGCCCCCUAGCCGCAGCCGCGGCGGCUACCGCGGGCGUGGAGGUGAAACCUGGUCUCGGCGUAGCCCUGCUAGCCAAACGGCAUAA